AUGAGUGAAGAAUUGUCUACUGCAAAGAAAAUAGAAUGCAUCUGCAGUAUGCUACGUCAGGCCCCGCCAGGUGAAUUCAGGAAUGUUUUUGAAGAUCUCUGCCUUCUGGUUUGUGAUGAGCAUCUCAUGAGGUUUGAAGCUGCUCAAGUAUGUGCUAAUCAUACCAGGAACAACUUCACAGCUGUGAAGGUAAGAGGGGACUACACUCUAGUGAGUCGCUUCAAUGAUCUUGGAGGAAAUCGCUUCUUUGAUCCACAGAUCAAACUUUCUUUCAGGUUUGACCACCUGACUGCAAGAGUGGAUAAAGUUCUGCUUUAUAAGUGUAUCAGAAAAGAUAAUGUAGAGUUAUGGAGAGAAACCCUUAAUGUGACUUUAGAGUCCUACAUGAAGAGACAUUUCUACUCAGGAGGCUGUAGGGUCUAUCGAAAAACUCUCAGAAGCAGCCCAUUCUUGGUGGUCUGUAUUGAAAGCCACCAGUAUGAGAAGUUCUGGAAUGGGCUUUGGAAAUCAGAAUGGAUUAUUGCUUUCACUCCACCUACUACACAGAUCACAGGGAAGAUUAACCUACAAAUACACUAUUUUGAAAAAGCUAACCUCCACUGGACAGUGAGCAAAGUUGUCAAGGAUUCCAUUCACUUAAUUAACCGCACUCAGUUCGUCUUAGAUUUAGCAAAAUUAAUUGAAGCUGAAGAUGACAAAUUUCAGAUUGGUAUAAUGGAAAGCCUUCAAGUCUUGUCGGCUAACAUUUGGAGAACACUACGUAGGCAUCUCCCAAUUACUCGUACUGCAAUCCACUGGGAAAAAUUGCUGUCUAUUUAG